AUGAGUGACUUGCCAUUAUUGGGAGGUUCUAGAAACCAAGGGAAUUUUAUUUACAGAGCUAGGAAAUCAGUUUACAAUGGCACCGUGUCUACAUUAAAGUCAUCACCAGUCAAUUAUUUAUUAAUCUUUGUUCCAUUGGGUAUCUUGGCUGGAGAAUUAGAAUGGAGUGCCACUGCUAGGUUCUUGUUGAAUUUUUUUGCCAUUGUUCCAUUGGCCUCAGUGUUGGCGUUUGCCACAGAAGAAAUCAGUGAACAUGUUGGUCAAACAGUUGGAGGGUUAUUGAAUGCCACUUUUGGUAAUGCUGUGGAAUUGAUAGUUUCUAUUAUUGCUUUAAAGGACAAUCAAGUGAGAAUCGUUCAGGCUUCAAUGCUUGGUAGUAUUUUAAGUAACUUAUUGUUAGUAUUGGGAUGCUGCUUUGUUGCUGGUGGGUUUACUAGAGUUCAGCAAACAUUCAACCAGACUGUUGCCCAAACAAUGUCAAGUUUGAUGGCAUUGGCAACCGCAUCUUUGUUGAUCCCAGCUGCUUUCCAUGCUUCUUUACCUACACCGAAAAAAGGUGGCGGCUUUCCUGAACCGGGAAGUUCUGAUGAAUUGAUUUUAUCGUUCUCCCGUGGUGUUUCUGUUGUCUUGUUGGUUGUUUACUUAUUUUACUUGUUGUUUUCUUUGAAAACCCACAAGGAAUUGUUUGAGGAAGAUCAAAGUGCCGAUGCAAUUUUGAAUGAACAUAACCAAAGUUCCACGCUUGAUGUUGUUACUGGUCCUAAGACAGAAGAUGAUGGUCAUUUAAGUAUGACUGCUGGCUUGGUCGUAUUGUUGUUCACAACCAUCUUGGUAUCAUUCUGUGCUGAUUAUUUAGUUGGGUCAAUUGACGAGAUUGUUGAAUCUUCCGGAUUGUCCAAAACGUUUAUUGGGUUAAUUGUUAUUCCUAUCGUUGGUAAUGCAGCCGAACAUGUUACUGCUAUCGUUGUUGCUAUGAAAGAUAAGAUGGAUUUAGCAAUUGGUGUUGCUAUUGGAUCUUCUUUGCAAAUUGCCAUUUUUGUGACUCCAUUCAUGGUUUUGGUAGGUUGGAUUAUUGAUGUUCCAAUGUCAUUAUAUUUCUCCACAUUUGAAACUGCAAUUUUAUUUGUCAGUGUAUUCAUUACCAAUUUAGUCAUUUUAGAUGGGGAAAGUAAUUGGUUGGAAGGAGCCAUGUUGUUGAGCACCUAUUUGAUUAUUGCUUUGGCAUUUUUCUAUUAUCCUGAUGUUAAUUAG